AUGGGGGAAACUAGCACCACGACACCGACUGCUGUUGAUGAAAAGCCCAGCGGUGGAAUUCAACACUUGGACGGCACUGCUCUUGUGCUCUCAUCCGAUGUCGAUUCUGAGAAAGUAUGGAAUCCGUUGCUCAUAGCGGCAUGCCUUUCCUUUGGUGCGGCUUCAAUGUUGUUUGGUUACGAUGACAAGGUGAUCAGUCCAGUCUCGGCAAUGGAGAGUUUUGUCGAAAAAUUUCAAGGCCAUCCGAACUCAGUGGGUGCACUGGCCCUGACAGCACGCAACCAGAAUUUGGUGUUCUGCCUUCCACUUGUAGGAGCCAUCAUAGGAGCUGCUUCGGCGGCACCUUUGACAACACGGUUUGGCCGAAAAUGGGUGGUGAUUGGUGCAUAUUGUUUGUCCAUUGCUGGAACCUUUCUGCAGACAUUUGCGCCAAAUCUUGGGGCUUUUGUAGCUGGCCGCUUCUUCAACUCCACUAUGAUCGCCACUGGCAUGACCGUCGCACCACUGUACCUUUCAGAGAUUGUGCCAGCAAAGUAUCGUGGCAUGGCUGUGACCUCCAGCAAUAUUUUCAACCUCAUUGCCGGGGUUAUUGCAACAGUGAUCUGUAACGCCACAUACUCCCAUGCCGGGGCAUCAUCCUACCGCAUUCCGCUUGGAGCGCAAGCUGUAGCACCUGUCUUCUUGAUCCCGAUCACCAUCUUCAUCCCAGAAAGUCCGUUGUGGCUAAUCACGAAGGGUCGUGAAGAGGAGGCACGGCACAACUUGCGCAGACUUCGAGCCUUCGAUGAUUCUUUGGUGGACGAUGAGUUGCGAGUGAUGAAGGCAGCUCAUGAUUCCGAACUUGCACUCAGCUCCGGGGUCAAGUUCUGGGAUCUCUUCAAAAGAGGCAACAUUAUGCGGACGCUUGUUGCUGGCUCCAUGUAUUCGGUCAACCAGUGCUCUGGCAUUAUUUUAUCGAGUACAUAUGCCACCAUCUUCUUGACCGCUCUAGGUGUGGGCAACCCUUUCCAGCUCACAAUUGCAGCAUCAUGCUGUAUCCUCGCUGGUACGCUGGUAGCACCAAUCCUUGUUGACCGUGCUGGACGUAGACCAGUUGCCAUCAUCGGCAUGUCAGUUUUGUUGGCCAUCGAUAUCUCGGCAGGAACAUUAGCGUUCUACACUGACCGGCCACAUGUCCCGAUCGCCAUCGCGGCUCUAUCCUUCAUCUUCAACGGCUUCUGGGCAGCGUCAUUUUAUGCUCUUUCCGUGACACUGCCAACCGAGAUACCAAAGCCCGAGCUUCGCAACAUGACAACCUCCUAUACCCUCGCUUGUGCAUAUACAACUGCAGUAAUCACCACGUUUGCCGUACCUCAGCUGGUCUCGGCAGAUGCAGCAGACUUAGGCGCAAAAACAUAUCUUGUCUUCGGUGGGAUUGUGGCAGCGAUAUUGGCCUUCUACUAUACCUUCCUGCCUGAGACAUCUGGACGUACGUUCGCUGAAAUCAACGAAAUGUACAGAGAGAAUGUGCCAGUUCGCAGCUGGAAGGGUUAUCAGACCUCUGCGGCAAGUCAGCAAGCACAGGUGGUGAAUAAGACUGAGCUAGGUCACAUCUGA